AUGGGAUCCGAUGCACCCUCGACCACCAAACUCCCCAAGAUCGACUUCUCCGGCGUCGACACGGGUAGUACGGGGGCCGGAGCGUGGUCCGUGGUCCGGGAUGAAGUGAUGGAGGCCUUGACAACGUACGGAUGCUUUGAGGCAGUGUACCCCAAGCUUAGUACUGAGCUACGUAGCUCAGUCUUGGAUAGUUUGAUCAAGGAUUUGUUUAGACUCCCGUUAGAGACUAAGCUUAGGAAUUAUUCGGACAAGGGGGGGGGCGAGAAAGUGCACGCUUUCUCAAAACAGUUAGCGGAGCUAGACCAAGCGGUGAUAAAGAUGGUGUUUGAGAGUAUGAACGCGGAGAAAUACUACGAUUCACAAAUGAACUCGACCAAAUACUUGCUCAGAGUUUCAGAGUACGGUCCUCAGGGCGAGGAGGAGGAGAAGAAGCUUGGCUUGAUUCCUCAUCGCGACAAAAACACAACAGCCAUAAUUUGCCAAAAUCAGGUGGAUGGGCUGGAAAUAGAGACCGAGGAUGGGGAAUGGUAUCCUGCGGUGCCUUCGCCUAACUCUGUCAUUGUUAUCGCUGGUGAUGCCCUUCGGGCAUGGACCAACGGCCGAGUGUACUCCCCGAUGCACCGUGUAGUGGUGGGCGGCAGCGUGAUGAGGUACUCCUCAAUCCUCUUCUCCAUCCCCAACGACGAUGUCGUGAUCCAAGCCCCGCCUGAGCUCAUCGACGCUGACCACCCGCCGCUCUUCAAGCCUUACGACUACGGCAGCUACGUACGCUACUGCUUCACUGAGGAGGGCCAGAAAGCAAACCCUCAGCUUGAUGCCUUCUGUGGUUUGAGCAAGCAACAGGAGGCUUAAUUACGUGUGAAGUCUUUCUUUGGUCGAAACCUCUAUUUGUAUCGGCUAUAUUUUAUUAUACUAGUGACGUUUAAGGCUUCGGUUCAGUGUGUUUAUGUUUAAUUUGUAUUCUGCAAGAAAUUUCAACUCUUAAACAAUUAAUUUAAACAAUAAGUGGCUUCUUAAUUGUUUUAA